CAGACACAUGUGCAGGCACUCCUCCGGUACACACCGACAGUGAAACGGCUCCGUGUGUCCGCGCAGCUCCGUGCAUUUCCGGGUGGUGCGAGGCUGCUCCGGUACAUCCCCGUUAUCAUCAGUCGGUUGAGCCUCGCUGCUCCAUCCAGACACCGCAGCCACACACAGAACCGAGCACCGACCGACACACAUCUAUAAUUAAUGCGUUAUAGCUGAGAGCCAAAGCAGGGGGCGGGGGGGCGGCAGCGGGCAGGAGAUAUGGCGGCGUCGCUUCUCUCCGAGACCGACAUCAGGAAAGCGGCUCCAGGAGUGGGUGUGUGUGAUUCUGUGCCUCUUCCUUUUCAUCAUCAACUUCUCCUUCCUUCUCCUGCACUUCUCCACUGUUCACAUCUACAAGAUCAUCCUCGGCAUCGUGCUAGGAAUAGUGACAGCAGACUUUGCAUCGGGGAUGGUACACUGGGGGGCGGAUACCUGGGGAUCUGUGGACAUCCCUGUUAUUGGCAAGGCAUUUAUCCGUCCAUUCAGGGAGCACCACAUCGAUCCAACCGCCAUCACUCGCCACGACUUCAUUGAAACCAAUGGCGACAACUGUAUGAUCCCCAUCCUACCACUGGCUCACAUGGCCUACAAGUUCCUCACAUGCACACCAGAGGACUUGGCAGCGUCCUAUCCCUGGGACUGCUACGUCUUCGCCCUGGCGGUUUUCGUGACACUGACCAAUCAGAUUCAUAAGUGGAGCCACUCCUACUUCGGCCUCCCGCGCUGGGUCACGCUGCUCCAGGAUUGGCAUCUGGUGUUGCCACGGAAACACCAUCGCAUCCACCAUGUCUCGCCGCAUGAGACAUACUACUGCAUUACUACAGGUUGGUGUAACUAUCCACUGGACCAGCUGGGCUUUUGGAGACGGAUGGAGCAAUUGAUCCAGCGACUUACAGGGCAGAAACCGCGAUCAGAUGACCUGGCGUGGGCCAAGAAGACCGACAGAUAAACACACAAACGCACAAACGGAAGCAUGGACAGACCAGCUUGCAGAUGCAACACACACACA